CAUUUAUCUAUGGGUGUAAAGCUCACUAAAGCUCUCCUACUAGUCUUUCUCUACCUCAAAUUCAGCCUCUGCAAUGGGGUUUCAAUCAAUGUGUGCAGAGAAACUGAAAGGAAAGCACUUCUUGAUUUCAAAGAAGGGCUUAAAGAUCCUGGUGGACGGCUAUCAUCUUGGAUUGGGGAAGACUGCUGCAUUUGGAGAGGAAUUCAAUGUGAUAACCAAACAGGGUAUGUUGUGCAACUUGAUCUUGGUAACAAGAGGCCUCUUCAUGACAUGUUUCAAUAUGGCCCACGUUCUGAGCCACUGAAUGGAGAGAUCAAUCCAGCUUUGCUUGGGUUGAAACACUUGCAAUACUUGGAUCUCAGCAUGAACUUCUUUGGAGGUAUUCAAAUCCCUGCUUUCAUUGGUUCACUCGCACAACUGCGUUAUCUUGAUCUCUCUUGUGCUGGCUUUAGUGGACUAGUUCCCCAUCAGCUUGGCAAUCUCUCACACUUGCAUCAUCUUGAUCUUUCUAAUCCUUUCUAUUCAUCUUGGAACAAACUCUUCAUUGUUGGAAGUUAUUGGCUCUCAAAUCUUUCUUCUCUUCAGUACCUAAACUUGAAUUUUGUUGAUCUCUCCAAAGCACCUGAUUGGCUAGAAUCACUUAACACUUUUCCUUUAGUCUCAGAAAUAUACUUAUCAAACUGCAAUCUUGAGAUUCCUGAUUCUCUUGCACAUGUUAACUUUACAAAGCUUCGAGUUAUUGAUCUCUCUAGUAACAAUCUUCAUUCUGUAGUCCCAUCUUGGUUGUUCAAGCUAACCAGCCUUGAGAGUCUAGAUUUGAGUGCCAAUGCUUUCAAAGAGCUAAUUCCUAGUGCUAUUGGAAAUUUAACAUCUCUCAGAGUCCUCAACCUUGCCAACAAUAGAGUCCUAGAAGGUGGAGUGCCACUGAGCUUAGGAAACCUCUGCAUGUUGAACUCAUUGGAUCUUUCAGUAAAUAAAUAUCUGCAUGGUGAUUUGAAUGAACUUGGAGAAGUGUUUUCAGGUUGCAUUAAAGAUAGUUUGGAAAUACUUAAUUGGGCCAUCAGUGAACUCACAGGACAUUUUCCAGAUUGGCUGGGAAACCUCAAGUCUCUCAAGAUGCUCAAUCUGUAUGUGAACUUAUUUUAUGGGCCAUUCCUCCAAUUCAGACUUCAUUCUUUGAAAAAAUUGGAUAUUUCUCGCAAUACAUUGAACAGAAGUGUCCCAGUAAAUUUGGGUCAACUAUAUCCUAAACUUGAAUUCUUGGAUUUUGCUUAUAAUAAUUUGACAGGUGUUUUGACUGAAGCUCACUUUGCAGGUCUUGCAAAACUUCAACAUCUUGGCUUUUCUGCUAAUGAAUUCAGGGUUGAUCUUGGUUCACAAUGGGUGCCUCCUGUUGGCUUAAAUAGACUGGCCAUGUGGAACAGUAAACUAGGACCGGGAUUUCCUUCAUGGAUUCAAAAGUUGGAGAAUCUCUCAGUUGCUGCUUUCUCAAAUGCUGGAAUUUCAGACACUCUGCCAGGCUGGUUUUGGAACUUUUCGAAGAAUCUUCAACUUGUAGAUUUAUCAUAUAAUGAUAUCAAAGUGUCACAAUUUCCUGCAUAUUUGGAGUACUUGCUUUUGUCUUCCAACAAGAUAGCAGGAAGGAUCCCAGAAACACUAUGUUAUCUGAAGAAGUUGCCAGCUCUUGAUCUCUCUAAAAAUCAAUUUAUAGGUGAAAUUCCUUAUUGCUGGAAUCAUUUUCUCUGACCAAGAUUAUCCACUUGU